AUGGCAACAGAAAAUGGAGCAGUUGAGCUGGAAACCCAGAGCCCAUCAACAGACAAGGCAUCCAAUGGCGCUGCAGGGGAAGGACCUCCCGCUAUAGAGAAAGGCUCGAAUCCCCCAGACACAGAAAAAGGCCUCAAGAAAGAUCCAGACUCAUCCUCUCUGAAAGAAGAAGCCAAAACCCCUGCUCCAGAGAAAGGGGAUGGUGCCCUGCCUGUACCCCCUCCUAGCAGCCAGGGCCCUGAGGAAGUGGGCAGGGGCGAUGAGGGUGGGGGCCCUGCGGAGGGCAGGGCUGCGGAGGGCCAUGCGGGGCCACCAGCAGCCCUGCCUCAGGGGACGUCCACAGCCCAGGCCAGCAGCAAGAAGCCUGAUGCUGAGCAGGGACCCUCAGGCUGUCAGGACCCCAGAGAGCCCAAAAUGGGCAAGAAGGAAACAGAGAGCCAAGCAGCAGUCAGGAGGGGCUCACCUGCUUUUCUGCAUAGCCCCAGCUGCCCUGCCGCCAUCUCAAGCUCUGAGAAGCUGCUGGCUGAGAAGCCCCCAAGUGAAGCGUCAGAGCUCAUCUUCGAAGGGGUGCCUGUGACCCCUGCCCCUCCAGCUCCUGGGCCAGCCAAGGCAGAAGGAGGGAAGAACACCCUGGUGGGGAGCCAGGAGGAAGCAGCACAGAAAGCCCCAAGCCAGGCUGGCCAGGCGAAGGCGCAAGGGGACACCUCGACGGGGGUCAAGUUCCAGGCUGUUCCCUCAGAGACAUCAGAGGUGGGGCAGGCUCUCUGUCUCACAGCCAGGGAGGAGGACUGCUUCCAGAUUUUGGAUGACUGCCCACCACCCCCGGCCCCCUUCCCGCAUCGCAUUGUGGAGCUGAGGACCGGAAAUGUGAACAGUGAAUUCAGCAUGAACUCCAAGGAGGCGUUGGGAGGUGGCAAGUUUGGAGCUGUUUGUACCUGUACAGAGAAAGCUACGGGCCUCAAACUGGCAGCCAAGGUCAUCAAGAAACAGACUCCCAAGGACAAGGAAAUGGUGAUGCUGGAAAUUGAGGUCAUGAACCAGUUGAACCACCGCAACCUGAUCCAGCUCUACGCGGCCAUAGAGACCUCGCAUGAGAUCAUCCUGUUCAUGGAGUACAUCGAGGGUGGUGAGCUGUUCGAGAGGAUUGUGGAUGAGGACUACCCUCUGACUGAGGUGGACACCAUGGUGUUCGUCAGGCAGAUCUGUGACGGAAUCCUCUUCAUGCACAAGAUGAACGUUCUGCACUUGGACCUCAAGCCAGAGAACAUCCUGUGUGUCAACACCACCGGCCACUUGGUGAAGAUCAUUGACUUCGGCCUGGCACGGAGGUAUAACCCUGAUGAGAAGCUGAAGGUGAAUUUUGGGACCCCAGAGUUCCUGUCCCCGGAGGUGGUGAAUUACGACCAGAUCUCUGACAAGACAGACAUGUGGAGUAUGGGGGUCAUCACCUACAUGCUGCUGAGUGGCCUCUCCCCGUUCCUGGGAGACGAUGACACGGAGACCCUAAACAAUAUUCUGUCUGGCAACUGGUACUUUGAUGAGGAGACCUUCGAGGCGGUGUCAGAUGAGGCCAAAGAUUUUGUCUCCAAUCUUAUCGUCAAGGACCAGGGGGCCCGGAUGAGCGCUGCCCAGUGCCUCGCCCACCCCUGGCUCAACAACCUCGCUGAGAAAGCCAAGCGCUGUAAUCGCCGCCUCAAAUCCCAGAUUCUGCUGAAGAAAUACCUCAUGAAGAGACGCUGGAAGAAAAACUUCAUUGCUGUCAGCGCAGCCAACCGCUUCAAGAAGAUCAGCAGCUCGGGGGCCCUCAUGGCUCUGGGGGUCUGA